AUGGAACCCAUUGUGUAUGAGGAGUCGCCUCUAGCCGACUACCUCAAAGAUGGAGGAGACGGAUCCGAGGCGGACUGGGCGGCCAUGGACAGUUCACCACCGCGACCUUUGUCGACGCUGUCCGACUCGUCGCCACCGCCGAGUCCUUCGCCUUUUGCUCCUACAGGUCGACCUAUGGUGAAGUCUCGAUUUCGAGGCAAAGUUCCGACCGCCUUACAGACAAAUGCGCCAAGGGCCAUUCGGACAACGACGCUGCAAUCCAUUAGGAGGAACUGUUCGGCUGCCGUGGUGGCAAGCAUCGACCGCGCCGACAAUUCCAAGUUUCUUGAGCAGUUUCGCUACACCAUCAUUGCGUCGCAAUUGUUAAGCGGCACGUCAAUCUUGGGCCAUCGACCUUCUGCUGCGAAUGUAUCUCACGCGGGCGACGACGACACAAAACAGUCGCUUUUAUCGACAGAGGGAAUUCUUGCAUCAGUUCUCGGAGCCCUUGCUAUUGCCGUUGUCUUGAGUUGGAUUUUAGGAAGCGCGCCUUCGUACGUCACGCGAAAACGGCUGGCAUUCCUCGUGGUUUUGGUUGCGGCUGCUGCAUUUCUUGGUCAGAUAUACAUGCGCCGGCAAUGGCUUCGUUACCGAAGGGAGCAAUCUUUGGCCGAAAUCGCCGCCUUUGUUUCGAAUUCGAACGAUUUUGAUAGCGCCUCGGAAGCUACAUUGUCGCUCGUGCAGGAGGUAGAGCUUGUCUCUCGUGGGUAUCGAAUCAGUGCUCCGUUGCCUCCAAUUAGCAGGCUUGAAGAUCGCAACCAGGCCCGAAAAUGCGUGCGACUGCGCAAAGCCUUGAAGAAUUCGUUUGCAGAUGUUCUGGACGCGUACAAGCAAAUGUCGAAUCUCAUAAGGGGCUUUUCGGAGCAAACGGAGCUGGAAAAGUAUUAUGACAUGUACGACAUCAAUGAUCUUGACAUGUCCGAUGCCCUGCAGGGUUUCAGCGAAACCGAGUUUGAAGACUCUGAAUCACUCAGAACUUUGAAAAUCCUGGCUGCGCGAUUCCACACGACACGUAAAAUGCUUCUCUGUGCGCUGUUGGCCCUUGAUGCUAAUGGUGAAGGCUCGGAUUUGCUUCGAUGGACAACGGCGGUGGAAGUGCUUCGAAACCUCAAUGCUAGCACAAAGGCUGCAUUUUACAAGCUCCAGAACAUACUGACCGAAGCUGAAUCAUUUCCCGUACCCCCAACACCGAAAAUCCCCCUAACACCUGGACGGGAGCGCUGGCGAUCGCAGUUGCGGAAAUUGAACUCGCUAUCUACCGGAAUUCGGGGGUUGCAGGCCAAGCUUCACCUGCUUAGAGAAGAAUCAGACCGCGCACUAGACGACUCGAAUGAUGUAUCGGAACUAGGACCGAACCUGAUGUCGCAAUACGAGUCUAUCGGAGUGGAUCUCAAGGAACUGAUGUCGGCUUGGGAAGAGGGAAAAGCUGCUCUCGCUCUCGGAAUCGAUAGAAACGAAAAGAGACUAUCCUCCAUGAGCACGCUGAUGUCGCCGAGGAGUUCGCUGAGUGGCCUGACGACGGUUGGCGAAGGCACCGCCGCGGAUGCUUUGAAGGCCUUGACGGGUGAAUCACCUAUUGGCUCCGAUAUAAAUGAGCCUAGCGAACCAGACACGCCAGAAGUUUUCGAAGCGGUGGCGCGCCCACGGCCAAAGAGCCUUCUCACCAGAGAGGAACGAAUCGUCAAAAUGAAGGAGGAGCGUGAGCAAAAGGCACAGGCUCGCAAAGACAUGGAUGCUACAAGGGGCAUGCUAAGAGAGCUGGAGACAGUCAUCAACUUGCGGCCGAAGAAUCGUGCCAGUGCUCCUCCGUCCGACCGAGUUGCCUCCUUGUAA